AUGUCGAACCAAAUAUCACGCAUUCCUGGCCUCGCCGGCGCCUUAGGCGACUGGCAGGUCAAUCUCCCACCUGAACUGUAUCUCAUGAUCGCCGAAGAGUUGGGCAACCGCGUCGUGAGCGAGGAACUGCAACUGGAUGACACGGAUUCCGAAACAGAUCACGCAGCAAACGAUAUUCCGGAAGAAGAGGUCAGCCCUCGGAUCAGGCAGAUAACAACCUACAUACAAGAGUGUCCCAGCAUGAGCAUGCUCAACGCCAGUAUGGUCAACAAAUUCUUUCGACGGCCGAUACUCAGCACUGCUCUCCGCUGGGACGCCAUGUGCUCGAACCCAAUGGCCAUCUAUCACGCAGCCGCAAGAAACUACACGAAUCUUCUCAAUAAUGCCUUGGGGCAGCCAGGGGCCCAGCCAGAUUAUAUGCCAAUUGGCCACGGUCGUCCUCACAUGCCCCCAAUCAUGGUGGCCGCUUGGAUGGGCCACCUGGAUUCCGUCAGGAUUCUUUUGGACCAUGGCGUCGACAUUGAAGAGCCCAUUGUAUGGGACGGAAGAUUUGGAGCAGCUCCUUUGGUCGAGAGCAUCACCACAAUGCUUGAGCACGCUAUGAACAUCAACAUUUUCGUGCAGUGGACGCCUCUUCACGCUGCUCUAUUGGCGCCCCAAAACGCGUCCGAUAUUGCCAAGUUACUACUGGAUCGUCUUUCGCCGGCCUUCGACAAUGAGCACGUCGCACAGUCAUCGGAAAGACUCUUCGCCCACGUCGUUGCGAUGGACCUCGUCGAUCUGGUAGAACCCUUCAUGCAGCGCGGAGCAAGGCUAGACCACGGUGGCCAGACAGUUCACGGCAUGCAACUUCCUGUUCUGCACCACGCCGUUUCUGUCAAAAUGAUCCGAAAGUUGAUCGACGUCGGCGCCACCGUACAGACACCUCGCAGCAUCGGGCUUAAUGCGUUGCAUGCCGUCUGUCUUCGUCCAUUGAACUGUACCGCAGCCAUUCAAGAACUUGUCGCUCGAGGAAUCGACCCGAACGAAGCCACAGCCGGAGGCCCGGAGCGUUCUGCCAUCAUCACAGCGUACCCAAGGCACGCCCUGAAAUUCAGAAUUCCCCAAACGCCGCUGAACCUUGCCUGCCGACAACUCAAUCUUGACCACAUACAGUUGCUUCUGAGAUUGGGCGCCAGCGCUCUGGGCACGAAUCACGAUGUUUCACAGUGUACAAACUAUAGUGAUGCUGAUUUUUUCCAGUCGUCGCCACUUCACGACUUAUUCCUUCCUGAAAAUCUGGCCCACAACCCAUUAGCCCGUGACGGAGUGAGGCUCAGCCAGGCAAUCAGAGGAGCAAUCGCCGCUAUCAUCCACUACGGCGGCCAGGAUGCGCUUCUACGCAGGCAUCGGGUAGGCAUGGCCAACAUGACGACUCAUUUAUCCAAUGUCGCCAAGAUAGAUCGAUCUUUCUGGUACAUGUUCGGAUCUUCACAGAGAGUCACCCUACUCACUCCGCUGGAACUGUUUUUCUUGCAACCACUUGUGGAUGACGCGAGAAUCCCCGAUGCAAUGUGGAGAGCUGCUGAUAUUCGCGACCAGAUGAACAGCACAAUGCAAGUACUCCGUGUCACCCCUUUGAUUGCCCUCUUGAGCCACCGUUUCGAUCACACGUUCGGCGAAGCAAGAUUUUACCGUCCCUACCUCCUUCGUUGGCUCCUCGAUCAUGGCGCUGAUCCAAACCUUUGCGACGAGGAGGGCUUUUCGCCGCUCCACUACGCCGCCUUCUGGCUCGACACAGACGCCGUCACCAUGCUUCUCGAAUACGGCGCCAAGACGGUUGUCCAAGGGAUGGUAAGAAACCUGACAGCCCUUGACGUUGUCGUUGGCUGCGCCUACUCACAAGUCCAACGUCAAGCAAUGAAGGACCCGUCGACCGAUGAUCUAGACAGCCCUUGGAAAACGAUGGUUCGGUUGCUCGACCGGCAGCAAGCAGAGCCGUACGGCUUACAGAAUGGGAUCGAACGCUGGGCAGCAGGCUCUCAAUUCCCAAUGUGCGCGCUCCCAAACUUCGAGCGCAGGUUCGGAUACAACAGGCUUGACGAGUACAGUCACAGGUUUGGAAAUGGUGCCCCCCUGCCGGAGCACAUGAAUGUGCCCGAUUUUGGCAGAACCCUGCGCGAGCACAUAGAUAAUCGAAAGGCAUCAAUCAUCAGUAUGUUGCUGUCAUCUACGUCGUCAGGUACGCCCCUGGCGAACGGUCAUGCCCAAGGGGCUGGUCUCAGGCCGUCACCUCCCAACACGUCUCUGGACUUUGCCUGUGCGACCGAUCAGCACAGGGAAUUGAUUGACAUGCUCUUUCAGGCUGGUUUCAGACUGAAGAGUUGCCCGUCGCCUCUGACUUACACUAACAUGCCGCAAAACGUGGCUGACUUCAACUGGAACCAAUGGAGACAUCGUCUUGAGUCGUAA